CCUCUUUCUCGCUCCUCCUCUUCCUUUUUCUCCUCCCCACCAACCCUUUUCCUGCAAUUUCACAGACUAUGUAGUCCUCGGUCUUCGUUCAAGCUCGCAGGCGCAGUUCUUGGAUGUCUUUUCCCCUUUGGUUCCAAUUGGCAUUCCUCUGUCCUUGACUUGCCGGCUUUUUUCCCUCUGCUGCAUCUCUUGUCAUCCUUAACCACUUGUCUGAGGCGUGGUCGACUCCCUCAGCUCUCCACCCGUGUGCGACAGCUCGCUCACGGGCAGGUUUCUUCUCCUUGACGUUGUCCACUCUCUUUCUGAACCCAUAUCCUAUUUUACCUCCCUCCCCUCCAUACCUUACGACCGUUUUAUUGUCAGAGUUCGGUCGCUCUGCCCUCUCCCCCGCUAAUAACUUCCCUCCAUUAUGACGCCUCGUCGUUCCUCUCGUGCACGCAACCAGCCCUCUCCAGCUACUCUUCAGCAUACAAACUCCUCCAGCUCCUCCAAUUCCAUGGCUCGCGAAAGAAGCACCCGGUCGAAUCAUAAGAUCUCCUCCCCUCAGCGUUCCUCCACCAAUCGGUCCCAGUCGAUCGACGAUGCCGACACAGGCUCGAAAAGUGACUUUCGAGAAACACGCCAGCGACAGCGUGCUCGGGGGGAGGAGGAUAAUGAUCACCAUAUGAGACUUGAGGAUGGUGACGACGAUGACGGGGAAGAAGAGGACGAAGAGGAAGAGAUUACCCGGUGUCUCUGUGGACAACAGGAGUACCCGGGUCUGCCUCCUUCUCGACGUGAUCUAAGUCGGCGCAAUGGUUUGCGUACCGGUAUUAAAGAUGAGGCAUUCAAUCUUACCGCAGACGCAUCAGACUUGUUGCCAGACGAGAUCGGGAGCAUGUUCAUUCAAUGUGAUUCGUGCAAAGUCUGGCAGCAUGGUGGCUGUGUGGGGAUUAUGGACGAGGCUAUGAGCCCCGAUGAGUACUUUUGUGAAGAGUGUCGCAAAGACCUCCAUAAAAUCAUCAGCGAAACAAAUGGAUCAUAUUCGUCUCAGUACCUUCCUGUCGCUCCUCCCCCUUCUACUGCUCCCUCGUCGCGAGAAUCGUCGCGGGAAACAUCCAGACGCGCCAAGGAACCGAAACCACGACACAAUGAUCCUACCAAUCCUAAGAGACGGUCAACGAUGAAUAGCCGUGAUGCCGCUUAUGAUGAAGAAGAGCAGCUGCGGCGGGCCAUCGAAGAGAGCAAGGAGGAUAAUAAACCAGCUGGUGAUGAUAUUGCGGCCCGGAGGCCCAAGAGAAGUCGCAGCGACAGUGAAGCGCAAAAACAAGCGACUAAGCGACAGCGCACGAGCUCUCCCUCGCCGGGUGCCGUUUCGAAAAGUAACCCUGCUUCACAGCCUGUCUCGGAGGAUGAGUCGAAGAAACCUGCCACCAAUGGCGUCCGGCGGCAGAGAGCUGCUUCACGCAGCCAGCGUGAUAAGGAAACCAAAGAACCUGAAGAACCUGAAGCGGAGCAGCCAGAGGCUCCACCUCGUAGGAAAAGCCGUUCGGAGCGACAGAAGGGCGAUGACGCCGAGUCCGACCAUGAAGCAGGAUCCCCAACCAAGCCUAAUGCGAGCGAACCCGAACCGAAGCAGCCCAGUCCGGAGGAAACGCCGGCCCCUGCCCAGGAAGCUGCACCUUCGCGUCCGUCCACUCGUAAAUCCGGCCGCCCGCCUGCACGCCGUGGCGGUCGCAUCGGACGGAAUCAAUAUACUCGCGAUCGUGACACCAACGGCACCGACUCAACAACACGGUCGCCGCGGCGUGGACAGUCGCAUGAUCUAGGAGGGGAUUCGCCGCGGGUGGGUGUCAACGGGACACACAUCAACAGCAGUGAAUCGGGCAAGCCCAGCCGGCCCCGCUACGUGAACCAACGAACUACCAUGAACGAGAUGAAGCGACGGGUGACGGCGAUCUUGGAGUUCAUUUCACGUAUGCAGGUGGAAAUGGCUGUCGCGGGGGAGAGCACCACCCCGCCGGGUAAUGAUGACCGCCCGAACGGGAUCACCCGACUUCUGAGCGAGAAUCAACUUCUCUCCAGUGCUAUCGAGAGCGCCGGCCUGGAAGGCGGUUCAAUGGCGCAACCCGCUGCAGAGAAGGAUUUCAAGGACCUCAGCAGCGUGGAGAUGAUGGAUGUGUUGACUCGUCAUCUCUUGAAGUGGCAGCAGGAGUAUGGCAAGUUUGGGGAACGGUGACGGAGCUACAGCAGAUCCGUUUCUUCUUUGGCAACUGCUGGCUCGGAGUUUUUGCUACGCACGAUACCCGGUUCGUCUCUUCUGAAAGUGUGGACAUGUAUAUUAUGGCUUCUGGAGCAUCUUGAGGACAGUCGGCGUUACGAGUCUUAUGGAAGUACCCUGCUCAUCUAGUCGAUUUGCUUGGUUGAGGCGUGAAUUGGAUAUGUUUGAUGUCGGUUGGAGUUCAGGCGUGCGUAUAUGCCAUAUGCAGCUGAUCACCUGUUAUGGUUCUGCAUAUGGCUUCAUUUUUCACAUACGGUU